AUGGCCCAGUCCUCGUUCAGCGGCGCGCCCCGCUUCCUCACGCGGCCCAAGGCCUUCGCGGUGUCGGUGGGCAAGGACGCCACGCUCAGCUGCCAGAUCGUGGGCAACCCCCGGCCGCAGGUGAGCUGGGAGAAGGACCGGCAGCCGGUGGAGGCGGGCGCGCGCUUCCGCCUGGCGCAGGACGGCGACCUCUACCGCCUGACCAUCCUGGACCUGGCGCUGGGCGACAGCGGGCAGUACGUGUGCCGCGCGCGCAACGCCAUCGGCGAGGCCUUCGCGGCCGUGGGGCUGCAGGUGAACGCCGCGGCCGCGUGCGCCGAGCAGGCGCCCCACUUCCUGCUGCGCCCCACGUCCAUCCGCGUGCGCGAGGGCGCCGACGCCACCUUCCGCUGCCGCGUGCGGGGCUCGCCGCCCCUGGCCGUGAGCUGGGCCAAGGACGGGCGGCGCGUGGGGGAGCCCGACGGGCCCCGCGUGCGCGUGGAGGCGAGCGGCGAGGCCAGCGCGCUGCGCAUCCAGGCGGCCCGGCCGCGCGACGGCGGCACCUACACGGUGCGCGCCGAGAACCCGCUGGGCGCCGCCAGCGCCGACGCCGCGCUGACCGUGGACGCCGACGCGGACGCCGACGCGGCCGGCCCGCCCGGGGCCUCCACGGCCGCGCUCCUGGCGCACCUGCAGCGGCGCCGCGAGGCCAUGCGCGCCGCCGACGGCGCCCCGCCCUCGCCGCCCGGCGCGGGCACGCGCACCUGCACGGUGACCGAGGGCAAGCACGCGCGCCUCAGCUGCUUCGUGACCGGGGAGCCCAAGCCGGACACCGUGUGGCAGAAGGACGGCCGGCCGCUGGCCGAGGGCCGGCGCCACCUGCUGUACGAGGACGCGCAGGAGAACUGCGUGCUCAAGAUCCUCUUCUGCAAGCAGGCGGACCGCGGGCUCUACACCUGCGCCGCGUCCAACCUGGUGGGCCGGACCUACAGCUCCGUGCUGCUGGUCGUGCGAGAGCCCGCCGUGCCCUUCCUGCGGCGCCUGCAGGACCUGGAGGUGCGCGAGAAGGAGUCGGCCACGUUCCGCUGCGAGGUGCCGCUGCCCGCCACGGAGGCCGCGUGGUUCAAGGAGGAGACGCGGCUGUGCGCCGGCGCCAAGUACGCCAUCGAGGCGGCGGGCACCGAGCGCCGGCUGACCGUGCGCGACGUGUCGGCGGACGACGACGCCGUGUACAUCUGCGAGACGGCCGAGGGCAGCCGCACGGUGGCCGAGCUGGCGGUGCAGGGCAACCUCACCCGCAAGCUGCCGCGGAGGACCCGGGUGCGCGUGGGGGACACGGCCCUGUUCUGCGUGGAGCUGGCCCAGCCGGAGGGCCCCGUCCGCUGGCUGCGCAACCAGGAGGAGGUGGUGGCCGGGGGUCGCGUGGCCGUCACCGCCCACGGCGCCACCCACACGCUGACCAUCGCCCAGUGCUGCCUGGAGGACAUGGGCGAGGUGGCCUUCGUGGCCGGGGACUGCCGGACCUCCACCCAGUUCUGCGUGUCGGCCCCCAGGAGGCCGCCCCUGCACGCGCCGGAAGCCCCCGUGGUGAAGUCCAGGACUGAGGGUUCCGUGACGCUUGGCUGGUCCCCACCGCCCCCGGGGGACCACGCUGUGGCCAUCGACGGCUACCUGGUGGAGAGGAAGCGGCUGGGCACCUACGCCUGGACCCGGUGCCACGAGGCUGAGUGGGUGGCUGGGCCCGAGCUGACCGUGGCAGGCGUGGCCCAGGAGGGGGACUUCCAGUUCCGGGUGUCUGCCAUGAACAGCUCUGGCCAGAGUCCCUACCUCGAGUUCCCUGGGACUGUCCACCUGGUCCCCCAGCUGGCCGUGAAGACGCCCCUGAAGGCCGUGGAGGCGGUGGAGGGUGGCGAGGUGUCCUUCUCUGUGGACCUCACGCUGGUGUCGGCGGGCCAGUGGCUCCUGGACGGCCAGGUCCUGAUGGCCAGCAGCCUGUACAGCAUCCGCUGCGAGGGCACGCGGCACACGCUGACCAUCCGCCAGGUGCCCGCCAGCCUGCAGGGCGCCGAGCUCAAGUUUGUGGCCAAUGGCGUCCAGAGCAGCAUCCGCCUGGAGGUCCGAGGGGCCCCAGGACAGGCUGCCAAGCAUCCGGCGGCUGCCCAGGAGGUGCUGGCCCGGCUGCACGAGGAGGCACGGUUCCUGGCUGAGCUGUCAGACCAGGCGGCGGCCGUGACGUGGCUGAAGGACGGGCGUGCGCUGACCCCCGGCCCCAAGUACGAGGUGCAGGCCAUGGCAGGGCAGCGGGAGCUGCUGGUGCGGGACGUGGCGCGGGAGGACGCCGGCCUCUACGAGUGUGUCAGUGGCCAGGGCCGCUUCGCCUACCGGCUGUCCGUGCAAGGGGCCACCACCUUUUUGCACAAGGACAAGGCGGGCGGCCGCGUGGAUGCCGUGGUGGGGGGCCCCGUCUGCUUGCAGUGUGAGACCGUGGGGGCCCAGGAGUGCGUGCGCUGGUUCAAGGACGGCCAGGAGCUCAGCCUCCGCGGCCAGCACUUCACCCAGGAGGACGUGGGCACGCAGCACCGGCUGGUAGCCUCCGCGGUCAGCAGGCAGGAUGAGGGCACCUACUCCUGCCGGGUGGGCGACGAUGCAGUGGACUUCCAGCUACGCGUGAGCGAGCCCCCGCUGGUGUUCGCCAAGGAGCAGCCGGCGCGCCAGGAGGUGCGGGCCGAGGUGGGGGCCAGCGCCACGCUGAGCUGCGAGGUGGCCCAGGCGCAGACGGAGGUGGUGUGGUUCAAGGACGGCCAGAGGCUGAGCGGGAGCGCGGCGGUGCGCGUGGAGGCCCAGGGCUGCGCGCGGAGGCUGGUGCUGCGGCAGGCGGGGCCGGCGGACGCCGGGGAGUACAGCUGCGAGGCCGGGGGCCAGCGGGUGACCUUCCGCCUGCAGGUCCCAGAGCCCCCGCUGGUGUUCGCCAAGGAGCAGUCGGCGCGCCAGGAGGUGCGGGCCGAGGCGGGGGCCAGCGCCACGCUGAGCUGCGAGGUGGCCCAGGCGCAGACGGAGGUGGUGUGGUUCAAGGACGGCCAGAGGCUGAGCGGGAGCGCGGCGGUGCGCGUGGAGGCCCAGGGCUGCGCGCGGAGGCUGGUGCUGCGGCAGGCGGGGCCGGCGGACGCCGGGGAGUACAGCUGCGAGGCCAGGGGCCAGCGGGUGACCUUCCGCCUGCAGGUUCCAGAGCCCCCGCUGGUGUUCGCCAAGGAGCAGCCGGCGCGCCAGGAGGUGCGGGCCGAGGAGGGGGCCAGCGCCACGCUGAGCUGCGAGGUGGCCCAGGCGCAGACGGAGGUGGUGUGGUUCAAGGACGGCCAGAGGCUGAGCGGGAGCGCGGCGGUGCGCGUGGAGGCCCAGGGCUGCGCGCGGAGGCUGGUGCUGCGGCAGGCGGGGCCGGCGGACGCCGGGGAGUACAGCUGCGAGGCCGGGGGCCAGCGGGUGACCUUCCGCCUGCAGGUCCCAGAGCCCCUGCUGGUGUUCGCCAAGGAGCAGCCGGCGCGCCAGGAGGUGCGGGCCGAGGUGGGGGCCAGCGCCACGCUGAGCUGCGAGGUGGCCCAGGCGCAGACGGAGGUGGUGUGGUUCAAGGACGGCCAGAGGCUGAGCGGGAGCGCGGCGGUGCGCGUGGAGGCCCAGGGCUGCGUGCGGAGGCUGGUGCUGCGGCAGGCGGGGCCGGCGGACGCCGGGGAGUACAGCUGCGAGGCCGGGGGCCAGCGGGUCACCUUCCGCCUGCAGGUCCCAGAGCCCCCGCUGGUGUUCGCCAAGGAGCAGUCGGCGCGCCAGGAGGUGCGGGCCGAGGCGGGGGCCAGCGCCACGCUGAGCUGCGAGGUGGCCCAGGCGCAGACGGAGGUGGUGUGGUUCAAGGACGGCCAGAGGCUGAGCGGGAGCGCGGCGGUGCGCGUGGAGGCCCAGGGCUGCGCGCGGAGGCUGGUGCUGCGGCAGGCGGGGCCGGCGGACGCCGGGGAGUACAGCUGCGAGGCCGGGGGCCAGCGGGUCACCUUCCGCCUGCAGGUCCCAGAGCCCCCGCUGGUGUUCGCCAAGGAGCAGUCGGCGCGCCAGGAGGUGCGGGCCGAGGCGGGGGCCAGCGCCACGCUGAGCUGCGAGGUGGCCCAGGCGCAGACGGAGGUGGUGUGGUUCAAGGACGGCCAGAGGCUGAGCGGGAGCGCGGCGGUGCGCGUGGAGGCCCAGGGCUGCGCGCGGAGGCUGGUGCUGCGGCAGGCGGGGCCGGCGGACGCCGGGGAGUACAGCUGCGAGGCCGGGGGCCAGCGGGUCACCUUCUGCCUGCAGGUUGCAGAGCCCCCGCUGGUGUUUGCCGAGGAGCAGCCGGCGCGCCAGGAGGUGCGGGUCAAGGCGGGGGCCAGCGCCACGCUGAGCUGCGAGGUGGCCCAGGCGCAGACGGAGGUGGUGUGGUUCAAGGACGGCCAGAGGCUGAGCGGGAGCGCGGCGGUGCGCGUGGAGGCCCAGGGCUGCGCGCGGAGGCUGGUGCUGCGGCAGGCGGGGCCGGCGGAUGCCGGGGAGUACAGCUGCGAGGCCGGGGGCCAGCGGGUCACCUUCCGCCUGCAGGUCCCAGAGCCCCCGCUGGUGUUCGCCAAGGAGCAGCCGGCGCGCCAGGAGGUGCGGGCCGAGGAGGGGGCCAGCGCCACGCUGAGCUGCGAGGUGGCCCAGGCGCAGACGGAGGUGGUGUGGUUCAAGGACGGCCAGAGGCUGAGCGGGAGCGCGGCGGUGCGCGUGGAGGCCCAGGGCUGCGCGCGGAGGCUGGUGCUGCGGCAGGCGGGGCCGGCGGAUGCCGGGGAGUACAGCUGCGAGGCCGGGGGCCAGCGGGUGACCUUCUGCCUGCAGGUCCCAGAGCCUCUGCUGGUGUUCUCCAAGGAUCAGCUGGCAUUCGAGGAGGUGCGGGCCGAGGCGGGGGCCAGCGCCACGCUGAGCUGCGAGGUGGCCCAGGCGCAGACGGAGGUGGUGUGGUUCAAGGACGGCCAGAGGCUGAGUGGGAGCACGGCGGUGCGCGUGGAGGCCCAGGGCUGCGCGCGGAGGCUGGUGCUGCGGCAGGCGGGGCCGGCGGACGCCGGGGAGUACAGCUGCGAGGCCGGGGGCCAGCGGGUCACCUUCCGCCUGCAGGUUCCAGCGCCGGCGCCCGAGCCCGCCGUCCCGGAGCGGGGCGGCCGCAGGGAGCCGCUGGUGGUCAGGGAGCACGAGGACAUCGUGCUGACCGCCACGCUGGCCGCCCCCGGCGCGGCCGCGGCGACCUGGCUGAAGGACGGGGUGGAGCUGCGCCGCGGCGGGCGGCUCGAGGCGGCCAGCGCGGGGGACACGCACACGCUGACGGUGCGCGGCGCGCGGCCGGGGGACAGCGCGGUGUACACGUGCCGCGCGGGCGCCGCGGGCCGCGACUUCGCGGUGCAGGUGGAAGAGGUGCCCGCGCGCUUCUGCCGGCCGCUGGCGCCCGCGAGCGGCGAGCUGGGCGGCGCGCUGACCCUGACCUGCGAGCUGAGCGCCGCGCCGGCCGCCGUGGUGUGGCGCCGCGGGGACGCCGAGCUGCGCGCGGGCAAGCGCUUCCGGAUGGCGGCCGAGGGCGCGCGGCGCUCGCUCACCGUGUCGGGCCUGCGCGCCGAGGACGCGGGCGAGUACACGUGUGAGAGCCGCGACGACCGCACGAGCGCGCGCGUCACCGUGCGGGUGCCCCGCCAGGUCAAGUUCACGUCCGGGCUGAGUGCCGUGGCGACUGAGGAGGGCCGGGAGGCCACCUUCCAGUGCGUGGUGUCCCCUGGCGACGCGCUGGUCACUUGGUUCCGGGACGGCGCCCUGCUGCAGCCCAGCCAGAAGUUUGUCAUCACACAGAGCGGUGCCAGCCACAGCCUGGUCAUCUCCAACCUGGCCCUGGAUGACGCGGGCCAGAUCACCGCUGAGGCCGAGGGGGUCCAGUCCUCCGCAGCCCUCCGCGUCCGAGAGGCACCGGUGCUGUUCAAGAAGAAGCUGGAGCCGCAGACAGUGGAGGAGCGGAGCUCAGUGACCAUGGAGGUGGAGCUGACGCGGCCGUGGCCGGAGGUCAAGUGGACCCGCAACGCCACGGCCCUGGUGCAGGGUGGGAACGUGGAGAUCCACGCCGAGCAUGUGAGCCACCGCUUGGUCCUCCGCAGCGUGGGUUUCGAAGACCGUGGCUUCUAUGGCUGUGAGACGCCAGACGACAAGACGCAGGCCAAACUCUCGGUGGAAAGGCUUCAGGUGCGCGUGGUGCGGGGCCUGCAGGCACUGGAGGUGCAGGAGCAGGGCACGGCUACCCUGGAGGUGCAGCUGUCGCACGCCGACGUGGAGGGCAGCUGGACGCGUGACGGCCUGCGGCUGCAGCCAGGGCCCACGUGCCGCCUGGACGUGUGUGGCCCCACUCACACGCUCACGCUCUCAGAGCUGCGGCCGCAGGACGGGGGCCUUGUGGCUUUCAAGGCCGAGGGCGUGCACACGACGGCGCGGCUGGUGGUGACUGAGCUGCCUGUGAGGUUCAGCCGCCAGUUGCAGGAUGUGGUGGCCACGGAGAAGGACAAGGUGACCCUGGAGUGUGAGCUCUCACGCCCCAAUGUGGACGUGCGCUGGCUGAAGGACGGUGUGGAGCUACGGGCGGGCAAGACGGUGGGCAUGGUGGCCCAGGGCACCUGUCGGAGCCUCAUCAUUUACCGCUGUGAGCGUGAGGACCAGGGCGUGUACGUGUGCGAUGCGCAGGACGCACAGAGCUCGGCCUCUGUGAAGGUGCAAGGAAGGACAUUCACGCUCAUCUACCGGAGGGUCCUGGCAGAAGACGCCGGGGAAAUCAAGUUUGUGGUGGAAAAUGCAGAAUCACGAGCGCAGCUGCGUGUGAAGGAGCUGCCGGUGACGGUGCUGCGCCCGCUGCGCGACAAGAUCGCCAUGGAGCGGCGGCGCGGCGUGCUGGAGUGCCAGGUGUCGCGCGCCAGCGCGCAGGUGCGCUGGUUCAAAGGCGGCGCCGAGCUGCGGCCCGGGCCCAAGUACGAGGUGGUGAGCGAGGGCCUCUACCGCAAGCUGGUCAUCCACGACGUGCAGCCCGAGGACGAGGACACCUACACCUGCGACGCCGGAGACGCGAAGACCAGCGCCCAGUUCUUCGUGGAAGAGCAAUCCAUCGCCAUCGUGCGGGGCCUGCAGGACGUGACGGUCAUGGAGCCCGCCCCGGCCUGGUUCGAGUGUGAGACCUCCAUCCCCUCGGUGCGGCCGCCCAAGUGGCUCCUGGGGAAGACGGUGCUGCGGGCGGGGGCGGACGUGGCCAUGGAGCAGCAGGGAACCGUGCACCGUCUGGCGCUGCUGCGCACCUGCUCCACCAUGACGGGCCCCGUGCACUUCACCAUCGGCAAGUCCCGCUCCAGCGCCCACCUGGUGGUCUCAGACGUCCCAGUGGUGCUCACACGGCCGCUGGAGCCCAAGGCCGGGCGCGAGCAGCAGUCGGUGGUCCUGUCCUGCGACUUCAAGCCACCCCCCAAGGCCGUGCAGUGGUACAAGGAUGACACGCCCCUGGCAGCCUCCGCGAAGUUCAAGAUGCGUCUGGAGGGCCACAUGGCGGAGCUGCGGGUGCUGCAGCUCACGCCCGCUGAUGCCGGCGUCUAUCGGUGCCAGGCAGGCAGCGCCCAGAGCAGUGCCGAGGUCACCGUGGAAGUGCGCGCGGUGGCUGUGACACGACCGCUGCAGGACGCUGAGGUCACGGAGGGGGCCCGCGCCUGCUUCUCGUGCGAGCUGUCCCACGACGACGAGGAGGUGGAGUGGACGCUCAACGGGACGCCCCUGUACAACGACAGCUUCCACGAGAUCGCCCACGAGGGCUGCCGCCACACGCUGGUGCUAAAGCGGGCGCGCCGCCAGGACACGGGCACGGUGCGCGCUGCCUCCCGCAAGGUGUCAGCUUCUGCCCGCCUCGUGGUCCAAGAGAAGCCAGUGGUGUUCCUGAAGGCGCUGGAGGAUGUGUCAGCGGAGGCGGGGGGCACGCUGGCGCUGAAGUGCGAGGUCUCGGACCCCGAGGCCCGCGCGGUGUGGCGCAAGGACGGCGUGGAGCUGGGCCCGGGGGACAAGUACGACUUGCAGCACAGCGCGGGCACGCGGGGGCUCGUGGUGCACGACCUGGCCCGGGACGACGCUGGUCUCUACACCUGCGACGUGGGCGCCGCCCAGACCCAGGCGCGGGUCCGCGUGCUCGACCUGCACGUGGGCAUCACCAAGAGACUGAAGACAGCAGAGGUGCUGGAGGGAGAGGGCUGCAGCUUCGAGUGUGUCUUGUCUCACGAGAACACCAGCGACGCGGCCGUGUGGACCCUGGGAGGCCAGCCCGUGGGCAGCUCAGGCCGCUUCCAGGCCACGCGCCAGGGCCGCAAGUACACCCUGGCCAUCCGGGAGGCCGCGCCCAGUGACGCGGGGGAGGUGGUCUUCUCGCUGCGGGACCUCUCCUCCAAGGCCUCGCUCAUCGUCAGAGAGAGGGCCGGCUUCUCCAGGCCCCUGGAGGACCAGCAGGCCGCGCCGGGGGAGGACGUGCGGCUGAGCUGUGAGGUGUCACGGGCGGGCGCCGUGGUGCGCUGGCUGCGGGAUGGGAAGCCCCUCCGGCAGGGCCACAAGUUCCAGGUGCUCACCGAGGGCACGCGCGCCGUGCUGGUGGUGCGGGCUGCCGCGCCUGAGGACGCGGGCGAGUACACGUGUGAGGCCGAGGGCGCCCGCACCUCCGCCAGCCUCCGUGUGGAGGAAAAGGCAAACGGGUUCACGGAGGAGCUGAGCAACCUGCAGCUGGAGGAGCAGGGCACCGCCGUGCUCCAGUGCCGGACGGCGCGGCCCGCGGCCAGCGUGACCUGGCGCAAGGACCAGGUGGAGCUGCGCCCCUCGGGGCGGCUCGUGCCCAGCCGGGAUGGCCUGACCCUGCGGCUCACCAUCAGCGGCCUGGGGAAGGCGGACAGUGGCACCUACACCUGCGACAUCGGCCAGGCCUGCUCCCAGGCCCAGCUCCUCGUGCUCGGCCGGCAGGUGCUCAUCUCGGAGGGCCUGGAGGCCGUGGAGGUGCAGGAGGGCUCCUCCGCCUCCUUCCGCUGCCGUAUCACCCCUGCUGACUUCGGGCCUGUCCACUGGUUCUUGGACAAGACCCCACUGCACCCCAGCGAGCUCAGCGAGAUCGAGGUCCAGCCAGGGGGCUACCACGUGCUGACCCUGCGGCAGCUGGCGCUCAAGGACUCAGGCACUGUCCACUUCGAGGCGGGCGAGCAGCGGACCUCAGCCGCCCUGCGGGUCACAGAGCGGCCCAGCGUCUUCUCCCAGGAGCUCACAGACACCACCGUCACGGAGGGCGAGGACCUGAUCCUGGCCUGCGAGACCACUGCUCCUGACAGCCCGGUGCGCUGGACCAAGGAUGGAAAGGCCCUGCGGCCAUCGGCCCGGUGCCAGCUCAGCCACGAGGACAGCCAGGCCCGGCUGGUCAUUGCUGGCGUCACCCCGCAGGACGGCGGCCGCUACAAGUGCGAGGCCGCGGGCAGCAGCAGCAGCGCCAUCGUCAGGGUCCAGGCUCGGCCGGUGCAGUUCCGCGAGGGCCUGAGGAACAUGGAGGUGCAGGCGGGCGGGGCGGCCACCCUGCGCUGCGUGCUGUCUGCUGUGGCCGCCCCGGUGGAAUGGCGCCGGGGAGACCAGGUCCUGCGGCCCGGGCCCAAGUACAGCCUGCGGCAGGAGGGCGCCGUGCUGGAGCUGGUGGUGCGGGACCUGCAGCCCCAGGACAGCGGGCAGUACGCCUGCUGCUUCGGGGACCAGGUGACCCUGGCCACGCUCACCGUGAGGGCCCCGCCCACCAAGUUCACGAAGGGUCUGAAGAACGAGGAGGCCCCGGUGGGGGCCACGGCCACGCUGCGCUGCGAGCUGAGCCAGGCGGCCCCCGUGGAGUGGAGGAGGGGGCCCGAGGCCCUCCACACCGCGGGCAGGGUCAGCCUGAGGCAGGACGGGGCCGUGUGUGAGCUGCAGAUCCGGGACCUGGCGGCGGGGGACGCCGGGGAGUACACGUGUGUGUGCGGGCCUGAGAGCACCUCGGCCACGUUGACCGUCAGGGCCGCGCAGGUGGGCUUCAGGGAGCCGCUGCGGAGCCUGCAGGCCGAGGAGGGCUCCUCCGCCCGCCUGCGCUGUGAGCUGGCCCGGCCCGGGGACGCCGUGGUCUGGAGCAAGGGGGGCCUGGAACUGCAGGCCGACGAGCGCCGGGAGAUGCUGCGCCGGGGCCCCACGGCCGAGCUGCUGCUGCGGGACCUGCGGCGGGAGGACGCCGGGGAGUACAUCUGCGCCUGCGGGUCCCAGGCCACCAGCGCCACCCUCACCGUCACAGCCGUGCCAGUGCGCUUUCUGCGGGAGCUGCAGGCCCAGGAGGUGGACGAGGGGGCCACGGCGCACCUGUGCUGUGAGCUGAGCCGGCCGGGGGCCCCUGUGGAGUGGAGGAGGGGCGCCCUGCAGCUCUUCCCUUGCGCCAAGUACCAGAUGCUGCAAGAGGGCGCGGCCGCCCGGCUGCUGGUGCGCGGCGUGGAGCAGGAGGACGCCGGCCACUACACCUGCGACACUGGCCAUGCGCAGAGCACGGCCGUCCUGUCUGUCCGCGCCCCCAGGCCGGCGUUCAGGACGGAGCUGCAGGGCGCGGAGCAGGAGGCGGGCGGCCUGGCGCGGCUGUGCUGUGUGCUGGGCGAGGCGGAGACCCCGGGGCCCGUGCGCUGGUUCAAGGAGGGCGCUGAGCUGCCCGCCGGCCCCAAGUACGAGAUGCGGCGCCAGGGGGCCGCGUGUGAGCUGCUGGUCCACGGGCUGGAGCCCAAGGACACUGGCGAGUACACCUGUGUGGUGGGCGCCCAGAAGACCUCGGCCUCCCUCACCGUCCGAGAACCCGAGCUGACCAUCGUGCGGGGGCUGGCAGACACCGAGGCGCAGGCUGAUGGGGACGUGGAGUUCAGCUGUGAGCUGUCGCGGGCUGGGGCUGUGGGCGCGGAGUGGCGCCUGCAGGGGCUGCCGCUGCAGACCAACGAGGUGACCGAGGUGGCCGUGCGGGGGGGCCGCACCCACACGCUACGGCUCAAGGGUGUGACGCCCGAGGACGCGGGCACCGUGUCCUUCCACGUGGGCGCCCUCACGUCCUCUGCCCAGCUCAUCGUCCAAGUCCCCGAGGUGACCAUCCUGGAGCCCCUGCAGGACUUGCAGCUCAGCGAGGGCCAGGACGCCCACUUCCAGUGCCGGCUGUCGAGGGCCGCGGGCCAGGAGGCCCGCUGGACGCUGGCAGGGGUGCCCCUGCAGGCCAACGAGAUGAAUGACCUCACUGUGCAGCAGGGCACGCUGCACUCGCUCACCCUGCGCAAGGUCACCCUCGAGGAUGCCGGGACUGUCAGCUUCCAGGUGGGCUCGUGCAGCUCGGAGGCCCAGCUGAAGGUCACAGCCAAGAACUCGCUGGUGCGUGGCCUGGAGGACGCGGAGGUGCCCGAGGGCGGGGAGGCGCUGUUUGAGUGCCAGCUGGCGCAGCCCGAGGUGGCCGCCCACACCUGGCUGCGCGGCGACCAGCCGGUGCGCACCUCCGAGGACGCCGAGGUGGUCUACUUCGAGGGCGGCCUGCGCCACGUGCUGCUGCUCCGGAACCUGCGGCCCCGGGACAGCUGCCGGGUGACCUUCGUGGCGGGCGACCUGUCGACAUCGGCGGCCCUCACCGUGCGAGGCUGGCGGCUGGAGGUGCUGGAGCCCCCGCGGGACGCGGCCGUGCCCGCCGGCGGCCAGGCCCGCUUCAGCUGCCGCCUGAGCGAGGCGGUGCCGGCGGGCGAGGCGAGCUGGUACGUCAACGGCGCCGCGGUGCAGCCCGACGACCCCGCCUGGACGGCCACCGCGGACGGCUGUUGCCACGCCCUGGAGCUGCGCGCCGCCCAGCCGCGCCACGCGGGCGAGGUCACCUUCGCUGCCCGCGAGGCCGUCGUGUCCGCGCGCCUCCGCGUGCUGGGGGGCCUCCCUGACCCCCCGGAGGACGCAGAGGUGGUGGGUCGCAGCGACCGCGCCGUGACGCUGUCCUGGGUGGCCCCUGCCAGCGACGGCGGCGGGGGUCUCUGUGGCUACCGGGUGGAGGUGAAGGCGGCGGCCACUGGCGAGUGGCGACUGUGCCAUGAGCUUGUCCCGGGGCCUGAAUGCGUGGUGGACGGACUGGCCCCUGGGGAGACCUACCGCUUCCGCGUGGCGGCCGUGGGCCCUGCGGGCGCUGGGGAGCCGGUGCACCUGCCCCAGACGGUGAGGCUCGCAGAGCCGCUGGAGUCCACAUCUGCACCCCCUGCCCCCGAGUGCCGGCAGGUGGCCAUGGGCCAGGAGCUGCGUCUGGAGUGCGAGGUGGCCGAGACCGGCGAGGUCACCUGGCUGAAGGGGACGGAGCGCAUCCAGCCUGGCGACCGUGUCCAGAUGCUCUGCCAGGGUGGGCGGCAGACGCUGGUGGUCCGGGACUUCACGGCAGAGGACCAGGGCGAGUACUGCUGCAGCCCCACCCAGGGCGCGGCCCCUGCCUCCUUCCAGGUGGUGCUGACAGACGGGCCUGGGGCUGAGGCCCCGGCUCAGCCCAGCCUGCCCCCAGAGGCGGCCCAGGAGGGCGACCUGCACCUGCUGUGGGAGGCCCUGGCCCGGAAGCGGCGCAUGAGCCGCGAGCCCACGCUGGACUCCAUCAGCGAGCUGCCCGAGGAGGACGGGCGGCUCCCGCGGCCGCAGCAGGAGGCCGAGGAGGCCGCCCCCUACCUCUCCGAGGACUACUCCACGGCCGACGAGCUGGCGCGCACAGGCGAGGCCGACCUCUCCCACACCAGCUCUGACGACGAGUCCCGGGCGGGCACUCCAGCCCUCGUCACCUACCUCAAGAAGGCCGGUGUGCCGGGCGUCCCUCCCCUGCUCAGCGAGGUCGGGGUCCCGCCCGCCCCUGCGGGGGAGCUGCGGAAGCCGCAGGCCCAGCUGGCGGCAGCGUCCACAGCGCCAGAAGAGCUGAGCGCUGAGGACCUGGGCGGCCCGGUCAUGGACCAGGCGGCUGUGAAGAUCCAGGCUGCCUUCAAGGGCUACAAGGUCCGGAAGGAGAUAAAGCAGCAGGAGGGGCCUGUGUUCUCCCGCACGUUUGGGGACACGGAGGUGCGGGUGGGGGAUGCCCUGCGCCUGGAGUGUGUGGUGUCCAGCAAGGCGGACGUGCGGGCCUGCUGGCUGAAGGACGGCGUGGAGCUCGUGGACGGCAGGCACCACCACAUGGACCAGCAGGGCGACGGCACCUGCUCUCUGCUGGUGCCCGGGCUGGGCCGGGCCGACGCCGGCCGCUACACCUGCCGGGUCACCAGUAAGUUCGGCAGCGCGGCCCACAGCGCCCGCGUGGCGGUCGGCGGGCCGGACAGCGAGGCCGAGAGCUUCGGGGGCGAGCUGGACGACCCCUUCCACCGCGCGCGGCGGCUGCACCGCCUGUUCCGCGCCAAGCGCGCGUCGGAGGUGUCGGACGAGGAGCUGUUCCUGAGCGCGGACGAGGGCCCCGCGCCGCCCGCCGACGGGCGCACCUACCGCGAGGACGCGCGCUCCGCCAGCCUCCGCUUCGAGGCGCCGGCCGAGGCCCGGCGGGCGGCCGCGCGCUUCCGGGAGCUGUUCGGCGCGCUGGGCAUCGCGGUGGACAUCGCGCUCGCGGAGCCGGGGCCGCGGGGCGUGGAGCUGCGCGUGCGCCAGGUCGCCGCGCCCCCCGCGCCCCCCGCGCCCCCCCGCCCGCCGAGGCCGCCGAGGCCGGUGAGUGCGCGCGCCCCGGUGUUCGUGGCGCAGCUGCGCGACCAGGAGGUGCUGGACGGCUACCCCGCGAGCUUCGACUGCGCCGUGGCCGGGCGGCCGGCGCCCAGCGUGCGCUGGCUCAAGGACGGGCGGCUGCUGGAGGAGGACGCGCGCCACCUGAUCACCGACGACGGGCGCGGCGGCCACCAGCUCAUCCCCGCCGUGGUGCCGGCGGACACGGGCGUGUACCGCUGCCUGGCGGAGAAAAGCGUGGGCGUGUCCUCCACCAAGGCCGAGCUGCGCGUGGACCUGACCAGCACCGACUACGACACUGCAGCCGAUGCCACCGAGACCUCGUCUUACUUCAGUGCUCAAGGCUACCUGUCCAGCAGGGAGCAGGAGGGCACGGAGUCCCCCUUCGAGGAGGGCCAGCUGCCGCAGGUGGUGGAGGAGCUCAGGGAUGUUCAGGUGGCCCCGGGCACACACCUGGCCAAGCUCCAGCUCAAGGUGAAAGGUUAUCCGGCACCCCGCCUGUACUGGUUCAAAGACGGGCAGCCUCUGGCUGCAUCUGCCCGCGUCCGCAUGACUGACCGCAGGACGGUGCACACCCUGGAGAUCCUCUCGGUCACCCGUGAGGACAGUGGCCAGUACUCGGCCUACAUCAGCAACACGCUGGGUGCUGCCUACUCGUGCGCUCGCCUGCUGGUCCGAGACCCCAGUGACCCGGAGGAGAAGCCUGCACCAGAGGCACACCAGCAGCUGGUGCCCCCCCGGAUCCUGGAGAGGUUCUCCCCCAAGAAGGUGAAGAAGGGCUCCAGCAUCACCUUCUCGGUGAAGGUGGAAGGGAGCCCGGUGCCCGUGGUGCACUGGCUGCGGGAGGAGGCAGGCCGCGGUGUGCUGUGGAUCGGCCGCGACACGCCCGGCUACACCUUGGCCAGCUCCGCGCAGCAGCACAGCCUGGUCCUGCUGGACGUGGGCCGCGAGCACCAGGGCACCUACAUCUGCGUCGCCUCCAACGCCGCGGGGCAGGCCCUGUGCUCCGCCAGCCUGCGCGUCUCCGGCCUGCCCAAGGAGGCCGGUGCCGUGGAGGAGCAGGCAGGGGUCAAGGCGGCCCUCAUCUCCACCUUCCUGCAGGGCGCCCAGGCCGUGUCCUCCCAGAUGUCGGGCUUCGCUGACCUCGCUGGCCAAGGUAGGCGGGCGGCGGAGCCGCUGGCAGGGGCGGCCCGCGGGCCCCGGUCCCUGGCUGAGGUGGGCACGGAGGAGUUCCUGCAGAAGCUCACCUCCCAGAUCACGGAGAUGGUGUCAGCCAAGAUCACGCAGGCCCAGCUGCAGGUGCCAGGAGGGGACAGCGACGAGGAGUCCAAGACGCCCUCUGCGUCCCCCCGGCACGGCCGCUCACGCCCCUCCUCCAGCGUCCAGGAGUCGUCCUCGGAGUCGGAGGACGGGGACUCGCGGGGCGAGAUCUUUGACAUCUACGUGGCCACGGCGGACUACCAGCCCCUGGGGGCCGAGCAGGACGCCAUCGCGCUGCGGGAGGGCCAGUACGUGGAGGUGCUGGACGCUGCCCACCCGCUGCGCUGGCUUGUGCGCACCAAGCCCACCAAAUCCAGCCCCUCCCGGCAGGGCUGGGUGUCCCCCGCCUACCUGGACCGGCGUCUCAAGCUGUCGCCCGAGUGGGGCCCUACGGAGGCCCCCGAGUUCCCUGGGGAGGCCGUGUCUGAGGACGAGUACAAGACGCGGCUGAGCGCCACCAUCCAGGAGCUGCUGCGCUCGGAGCAAGCCUUCGUGGACAAGCUGCAGUUCCUGGAGAGCCACCACCUGCGGCACCUGGACCGCAGCCCCCGGGCGCCUGCCGCCGUGGCCAGCCAGAGGGCCGUCAUCUUCCGCAAUGUGCAGGACAUCAGCCGCUUCCACGGCAGCUUCCUGCGGGAGCUGCAGGCCUGCAAGUCCGACGACGACGUGGCCAUGUGCUUCAUCAAGAACCGGGAGGCCUUCGAGAAGCACCUGGAGUUCCUGGUGGGCCACGUGCAGGCCGAGUCGGUGGUGGUCAGCACGCCGGUGCAGGAGUUCUACAAGAGGUACAGCGAGGAGGUGCUGGCGGCCGAGGACCCCGCGCAGCCGCCCCCGCCGCCCCUGCAGCACUUCCUGGAGCAGCCGGUGGAGCGCGUGCAGCAGUACCAGACGCUGCUCAAGGACCUGAUCCGCAACAAGGCGCGCGGCGGGCGCACGUGCGCGCUGCUGGAGCAGGCCUACGCCGUGGUGUCCGCGCUGCCCCGGCGCGCCGAGGACCGGCUGCACGUGUCGCUCAUGGAGAACUACCCGGGCAGCCUGGAGGCCCUGGGCGAGCCCGUCCGCCAGGGCCACUUCAUCGUGUGGGAGGGCGCGCCGGGCGCGCGCAUGCCCUGGAAGGGCCACCACCGGCACGUCUUCCUGUUCCCGCACCACCUGGUGGUCUGCAAGCCGCGGCGGGACCCGCGCACCGACACCUUCAGCUACGUCUUCCGCGGCAUGAUGAAGCUGAGCAGCGUGGACCUCAACGAGCAGGUGGAGGGGGACGAGCGCGCUUUCGAGGUGUGGCACGAGCGGGAGGGCUCCGUGCGCAAGUUCCUGCUGCAGGCGCGCACGGCCACCACCAAGAACGCCUGGGUCAGGGACAUCCGCAGCAUCCAGCAGCGCCUGGCCCUGCCCGUCUGGCGGCCUCCGGACUUUGAGGAGGAGCUGGCCGACUGCACCACCACACUGGGCGAGACGGUCAAGCUGGCCUGCCGUGUGACUGGCACCCCCACCCCCGUCGUGAGCUGGUACAAAGACGGGAAGCCAGUGGAGGUGGACCCGCACCACAUCCUCAUCGGGGACCCGGACGGCUCGUGCACACUCAUCCUGGACAACCUGACAGGCGCCGACUCCGGCCAGUACAUGUGCUUCGCGGCCAGCGCCGCUGGCAAUGCCAGCACUCUGGGGAGGAUCCUGGUGCAGGUGCCCCCGAGGUUCGUGAACAAGGUGCAGGCUGCGCCCUUCGCUGAGGGAGAGGACGCCCGGGUCACCUGCUCCGUGGAAGGCUUCCCGUGGCCUCAGAUCAGAUGGUACAAGGACGGGGCCGCGCUGACACCCGGUGGCAAGUACCGGACCCUGAGCGAGGCCCGCGCCGGCCGACUGGUGCUGGAGAUCCGGGCAGCCAGCAAGGAGGACCUCGGUCACUAUGAGUGUGAGCUGGUGAACCGGCUGGGCACGGCACGAGCCGGCGCCGACCUGUACAUGCAGAGCCCCGUGCCGCGGGCCCAAGACCAGCGCCGUCAGGAGCAGGUGGCCGCUGUGGAAGUCACUGAGCAGGAGACUAGAGCCCCCAAGAAAACCGUCAUCAUAGAGGAGACCAUCACCACCGUGGUGAAGAGCCCCCGCGGCCGCCGCCGGUCACCCAGCAAGUCGCCCUCCCGCCGCCCGGCCAGCCCACCCAGGCCGGCCCCCGGGCCGCCAGACGCAGCAGGGGCUGGCCAGCCCCGCCGGCCCGCCGUGCCUGCCCUGUAUGUGACGGAGGCGCGGCCCGGGGGCGCGGGGCCCCAGUGGCUGGAGGUGGAGGAGACCGUGGAGGUCCGGGUGAAGAAGGCCGGCCCGGGGGGCGUGGCGCCCAGCAGGGAGGCCCCGGCCAGCUCGGCUGCGCUGCUCUGCACGCCGCCCGGCGGGAGCCCCGGAGGGGGCCCCAAUGCCAACAACUCCAACAACACGUGGCUGGCCCUCGAGACCCAGGACCCCCACGAGGCCGCCACGCCGCCCCCUCCCUGGGCGGCUGAAGAGGACCUGUCCCUGGAGGGGCCCCAAGGACCUGAGGGCCGGCGGGAUGGUGACCCCACGGUCCCCGUGCUCGGCAGCGGCCGGGUGCUGACGCUGGCUGACCUGCAGGACUGUGAGCCCCCGCAGGGGGAGGCCUCUGGCAGCCCCGACGAGCCCCCCUGCGAGGUGGCCGUGCUGCAGAGGGACAUCAGGGAGCUCGCUGCGGCCCAGGCUGUGGGCGCUGCCCCCUGGAAGCCCUCCCUCCACACCCACGUCCAGCGUUCUGCGGACAGUGGCCAGAGCAGCUUUAAGACGGAGGUGUCCACCCAGAUGGUCAGCUUUGGGACAGUGGACACUGCUGUCCCGACCAUUGCUGCCCAGGAGCCGGCGUCCCAGGAGAUCCCAGAGCCGCUGGUGGGUCCCGAGGCUGUAGGAUCCGCCGCAGCAGACAGCGCCGGCCUGGGGGGACUGCCUGGGCCGCAGGAGGCCAGUUCCAGGCCGCCCGGCACGGAGGCUGCGGAUGCCACAGGCCACGGGCCCCCAGCUGCCGAGUCCCACCGGGAAGGGCCGCAACUGCUUGUGGAAGAGGGUCAGGGGCCGGACUUGGGUCCAGAGCCUCAGGGACGGACGGUGCCCAUCAGGAUGGAGGGUGCGGCCUGGCCGGGGGCAGCGGAGCCGCGCUGGGACGUCCACACCCACGUGUACACGGAGACCACGCUCAGGACAUACGUGUGCCAGGCCGGCGCCACGGGAGCCGUCAGGCCCCCGUCCAUGCAGGUCACCAUAGAGGAUGUCCAGGCACAGAGGGGCGGCAAGGCGCACUUUCAGGCGGUCAUCGAGGGCAACCCCCAGCCCACGGUCACCUGGUACAAGGGCAGCGCCCAGCUCGCUGAGGGCCCGCGGCUCAGCCAGCUGCGGGAAGGAAGCACCUACUCCCUGGUGCUCAGCGAGGUGGACCUGCAGGACGCGGGCGUCUACACCUGCCUGGCCAGCAAUGCGGGGGGCCAGGUGCUGUGCAAGGCGGAGCUGCAGGUCCUCGGGGGUGAGUCUGCCCCGAUGGACUUGGAAGAGCCGAGCACUCGGCGGAAGCUGCAGUCCUUCUACGACGUCAAGGAGGAGAUCGGAAGGGGCGUGUUCAGCUUUGUGAAGCGGGUGCAGCACAAGGGGAACCAGGUGUGCUGCGCGGCCAAGUUCAUCCCCCUGCGGAGCCGGACGCGCGCCCAGGCCUACCGGGAGCGGGACGUGCUGGCCGGGCUGAGCCACCCACUGCUCACCGGGCUGCUUGACCAGUUCGAGACCCGCAAGACCCUAAUCCUCGUCCUGGAGCUGUGCUCCUCGGAGGAGCUGCUGGACCGGCUGUUCAAGAAGAGCGUGGUGACCGAGGCGGAGGUCAAGGUCUACAUCCAGCAGCUGGCCGAGGGCCUGCACUACCUGCACGGCCAGCGUGUGCUCCACCUGGACAUAAAGCCCCCCAACAUCCUGAUGGUGCACCCUGCUAGAGAAGACAUCAAAAUCUGCGACUUUGGCUUUGCCCAAAAGAUCACCCCGGCAGAGCCCCAGUACAGCAAAUACGGGUGCCCCGAGUUUGUGGCCCCCGAGAUCAUUGAGCAGACCCCUGUGAGCGAGGCCUCCGACAUCUGGGCCAUGGGUGUCAUCUCCUACCUGAGCUUGACCUGCUCUUCCCCCUUUGCCGGCGAGAGUGACCGCGCGACCCUCCUGAACGUGCUGGAAGGGCGGGUGUCCUGGAGCAGCCCCCCGGCCGCCCACCUCAGUGAGGACGCCAAGGACUUCAUCAUGGCCACCCUGCAGCGGGCCCCGCAGGCCCGGCCCAGUGCCGCCCAGUGCCUCGCCCACCCCUGGUUCCUGAGGUCUGUGCCCGCAGAGGACGCCCACUUCAUCAGCACCAAGCCGCUCAAGUUCCUGCUGGCCCGGAGCCGCUGGCAGCGCUCCCUGAUGAGCUACAAGUCGGUGCUGCUGAUGCGGGCCAUCCCGGAGCUGCUGCAGGGCUCGCCCGACAGUCCCUCGCUGGGCGUGGCUCGGCACCUGCACCGCGGUGACAGCGCCACCUCCAGCAGCUCCUCCUCGGACACCGAGCUGGCGCCCUUCGCCCGGGCCAGGUCAUUGCCACCCUCCCCGGCCACGCACUCCCCGCUGCUGCGCCCGCGGGGCUUCCUGCGGCCGUCCGCCAGCCUGCCCGAGGAGGCCGAGGCCGGCGCGCCUGAGGAGGCGGAGGCCCGCGCGCCCCCCAGCGCCGCCCCGGGCAGCGUGCCCCGGCACAGCAUCAUCUGCAGCCUGUUCCACCAGCAGGCGGGCGAGGGCCCCGAGCACGCGCCCCUGGCCCCUGGCGGCCGGCGCCUCCCGGCCCGGCGGCGCCACCUGCUCCAGGGCGGCUACUUUGCCCGUGGCCUACCUGGCCUGCGGGAGCCGCUGCUGGAGCACCACGUGCUGGAGGAGCUGGCUGCCCAGGAGGAGCAGGCCGCUGGGCUGCCGCCGGUCUGCAGCCGCUCCCUGGACCUCGAGGGGCCGUGUGUGGCCGGCCGCUCCGCUGGGAGCAGCAGCCCGGACUCCCAGGGCGCCCCAGGGUGCAGCGGGCCUGGAGGAGUCACUGUCAGGGGGCUGGAGCACGCGGUGGGGGCCCUGGGGCCUGGGCUGAUUUCUCCCACGGGUGGCACACCAGUGUCCACCCAGCGGGAAGGGCUGCCGCAGGACAGCUGCAGUGGCCAUGCCCAGCGGGGCCCUGCUCCCCCGAAGGGUGGAAGACCCCCUGGUCCCAGCUGCGUAGGCCAGUGCGCAGAGGCCCCCCUCCCCUCCCCAACCCGAGCGAGCCCCCCAAAGGGACUGAAGGAGGGGCCGGGGGACACGGCUCUCCCAGGCAGGCUCGGCCCCCCCAGCUCCCUAGGCCCUGGGGACACACAGCCCAGUCCCUCCCCAAAUGAGGACCUGGCCCCAGAGGCCGAGUCAGAACCGAGCCCCCCGAGGCCUCAGGAGCAGGCGACCACGCGCAAGUUCUCCCUGGGGUACCGCGGGGGCUACGCGGGGGUGGCGGGCUACGGCACCUUCGCCUUUGGCGGGGACGCUGGGGGCAUGCUGGGGCAGGGCCCGAUGUGGGCCAGGAUGGCCUGGGCCGCCUCCCAGUCCUCGGAGGAGCAGGACGAGCCGGGGCCCCAGCGCCCACCCGCGGCGGCCGCCUCGGGGCCCCCGCUCCAGGGCGGCGAGGGCCCCCCCGGCGUCUCCCUGGAGCCCAGCGCCUGGGAGGACUCUGACGAGGGCCCCCAAGUGUCCCUGGUGCAGAUCCGGGACCUGUCGGGGGACUCGGAGGCAGCGGACACCCUGUCCCUGGACAUCUCGGAGGUGGACCCCGCCUACCUGAACCUGUCCGACCUCUACGACAUCAAGUACCUCCCCUUCGAGUUCAUGAUCUUCAGGAAGGUCCCCAGGCCGCAGCGGCCACCCUCCCCCGAGUCUGAGGCCGGGGAGGAGCUGGCGGGGCUGCCGGAGCCCACGUGGCCUUGGCCGGGCACCCCUGCCAGCCUGGAGAUCAUGGAGGAGCCGGAGGACAUGGUGGCCCUGCUGGGGGAGCCGGUCGGCGCCCGGAAGCGCAGGUGGUCGCCCCCCGCUGAGGGCCUGCUGCCCCUGCCAGGGGGCCCCGAGUGGCCGGAGGAGCCGGUGGAGCAGGGGCUGCGUCAGCGGGUGUGGGCCUCGGUGGCCCACAUCUCCCGGCUCCUGCGGGGCAGGCCUGAAGGCCCCGAGGGGGAGCCGCCCCGGAAGAAGGCAGGUCUGGCUUCCAUCUGGCUGCCCGGCCUGAAGAGCAGGGACCAAGCACCGUCCUUCCUGCGAGAGCUCUCAGACGAGACGGUGGUCCUGGGCCAGUCCGUGACGCUCGCCUGCCAGGUGUCGGCCCAGCCGGCCGCCCAGGCCACCUGGAGCAAAGAUGGGGUUCCCCUGGAGAGCAGCAGCCGCCUCCUCAUCUCCUCCACACUCAAGAACUUCCAGCUGCUGACCAUCCUGGUGGUGGCCGCUGAGGACCUGGGCGUGUACACCUGCCACGUGCGCAACGCGCUGGGCACAGCGGCCACCACGGCCGCGCUCCGGAGGGCAGAGCGCCCCUCGUCCUCGCCGCGCCCCGACAUUGGAGAGGUGCAUGCUGACGGGGUGCUGCUGGUCUGGAAGCCCGUGGAGCACUGUGGCGCCGUGACCUAUACCGUGCAGUGCAGCCGCGAAGGCGGCGGCUGGAGCACCCUGGCGGCCGACGUGUCCGACUGCUGCUACCUGGCCCGCAAGCUGCCCCGGGGCGGUGCCUACGCCUUCCGCACGGCCUGCGUCAGCAAGGCGGGCAUGGGUCCCUUCAGCAGCCCCUCGGAGCAGGUGCUCCUGGGGGGGCCCCGCCACCUGGCCUCUGAGGACGAGAGCGGCCCCGCGCGACCAGCCGCACCGCUGCCCAGCACCCAGACCUUCGCCUUCCAGACGCAGAUCCGGAGGGGCCGCUUCAGCGUGGUGCAUCAGUGCCGGGAGAGGGCGAGCGGGCGGGCGCUGGCCGCCAAGAUCGUGCCCUACCGGCCCGAGGAGCGGGAGGCCGUGCUGCGGGAGUACCAGGCCCUCAAGGCGCUGCGCCACCCGCACCUGGCCCAGCUGCAGGCCGCCUACCUCAGCCCCCGGCACCUGGUGCUCGUCCAGGAGCUCUGCUCCGGCCCUGAGCUGCUCCCCGCCCUGGCCGAGAGGGCCUCCUACUCCGAGUCCGAGGUGAAGGACUACCUGUGGCAGAUGCUGAGCGCCGCCCAGUACCUGCACGCGCGCGGCAUCCUGCACCUGGACCUCCGGUCCGAGAACAUGAUCGUCACGGAGUACAACCUGCUCAAGGUCGUGGACCUGGGCAGCGCCCAGAGCCUGGCCCAGGAGAGGGUGCCGCCGCCGGAGGGCUUCCGGGACCACCUGGAGACGAUGGCUCCGGAGCUGCUGGAGGGCCGCGGUGCUGUCCCGCAGACGGACAUCUGGGCCAUCGGUGUGACCGCCUUCGUCCUGCUGAGCGCCGAGUACCCGGUGAGCAGCGAGGGCGCGCGAGACCUGCAGAGGGGCCUGCGCAAGGGGCUGAUCCGGCUGGGCCGCUGCUACGCCGGGCUGUCGGGGGGCGCCGUGGCCUUCCUCCGGAGCACGCUGUGCGCGCACCCCUGGGGCCGGCCAUGCGCGUCCAGCUGCCUGCAGAGCCCGUGGCUGACCGAGGAGGGCCCGGCCAGCUCGCCGCCCGCAGCCGUCGCCUUCCCCACCGCGCGGCUGCGCGCCUUCGUGCGGGAGCGGGAGCGGAGACGGGCCCUGCUGUCCCGGAGGCCGCGCCCCGCCCGCGCCCCGCCCGCACGGCCUCGCCAAUAA